AUGUCGGGUGCCCUGGGGAAGCGGGUUGGGGCGCCACGAACCGUCCGGGGUUUCUCUUCGGCGUGGCCGGCGCGAACCCUUCCAGGACGCGUCUCCCCGCCGCCGUACGCCCCUCUCCGGACAGGGCGCCUUGGUCUCGGGGUGCGUUUAACUCCACGAGGCGCCCCUGCAGCCCUUAGGCUCCCCAACUCCCCAUAUCAUCCCAAAAAUUUUUUAAAAAAAAAUGGCGAGCCAAAACCUCUUGCUUACCGCUGCCGUGGUGAAAAGAUGGCAAAAAGGAAAAGAGAAAGGCUGCCCCAGCCCUUUGCACCACGCAGCAGCGCCACGCAAAGCGCGCCAAGUUAUCCAUUGAUACGCCUUGAUCCCAAAUCCACAUCCACCCACACCAACCCCAGGGAAAAUGGCAUUGUUGUGUCUUUUGAAACUUAA